AUGCAGCUGUUUAGCCUUGCUCUGCUGGUUUCUUCCUUGGUUGCUUCCACUGGAGCAACAUCAACCUUUUCACCCGCACGGCCACCAUCCUUGCCUUUGGCAGUCAAGUCGCCCUAUUUGAGCACCUGGCAAAAUGCUGGUUCUGAUGGUGGGAACGGCGGCUAUCUAGCCGGACAAUGGCCAACCUUUUGGGAUAAUCAAGUUACCGGUUGGUGUGGGUUAAUACGUGUGGACGGUGCGGCUUUUACUUGGAUGGGUCUGCCUGGAUCGACCACAGUAACCCAAACUGCGUUUGAAUACACAUCAACCAAGAGCGUUUUUACCAUGACUGUUGGUGGAGUGGUUGAGAUGAAUGUUACUUUCUUGUCGCCGAUCACGCCCCAGGACUUCAAGCGUCAAUCGCUGAUUUUCUCGUACCUGAACGUUGAAGUUGCGUCUUUGGAUGGCAACGAUCACGAUGUGCAAGUCUAUGCUGAUAUCUCUGCUGAAUGGGUUUCUGGAGAUCGCACUGCCAUUGCUGAAUGGGAGUAUGGCACCACAGAAGAUGUUGCCUACCAUAAGGUCUACCGGCAGACACAGCUGGCAUUCUCCGAAAUUAAUCAACAGGCCGAGUGGGGCUAUUGGUAUUGGGCCACAGAUGCUGUCGACAGCAUGACCUACCAGUCGGGUCAAGAUACGGUAGUGCGAGGGCAAUUCUCGUCUAAUGGUGUCUUGACCAAUGGUGCCGACUCGGACUAUCGGGCAAUCUCGACCAGCUGGCCCGUAUUCGGUUUUUCAUCCAACCUAGGCACUGUUAACUCCUCUCCUGUCAGCACAUUAUUCUCGCUUGGCCUGACCCAGGAUGAGGCUGUACAGUAUGAGGGCUCUUCUUCAUAUGCCCCUGUGCCGUCUCUAUGGAAGAGCUACUUCGACACUGAGCUUGAAGCGCUUGCCUUCUUCCACAAGGACUUCUCUGACUCUAGUUCUCUGGCGGCAGACUUUGAUAAUCAAGUAUCUACGGACUCCUUGGCUGUUGCUGGUCAGAACUACCUCACGCUUACCUCGCUUGCGGCCCGCCAGGCGUUUGGUGCUACCCAGCUUUGUGGCACCACGGACAAGAUGUACUUGUUCCUGAAGGAAAUCUCCUCGGAUGGAAAUGUGAACACUGUUGAUGUGAUUUUCCCGGCAUAUCCCAUCCUCCUGUACUCCAACCCGGAGCUCUUGAAACUGGUUCUGGACCCACUCUUUGAGAACCAGGAAGCUGGUAAAUAUCCGAAUACUUAUUCUAUGCAUGACAUCGGCUCCAAUUAUCCUAAUGCCACCGGUCACAAUGCUGGAAACGAUGAAGCAAUGCCUCUGGAGGAGUGCGGAAAUAUGUUAAUUAUGACUCUCGCAUAUGCAAGGAAUGCUGGGGACACCGACUACCUGAGCACUCAUUACGAUAUUCUGAAGAAGUGGACUGGGUACCUUGUCGCUGAUGCUCUUUACCCGGCGAACCAGAUCUCAACCGAUGACUUCGCUGGAUCCUUGGCCAACCAAACCAACCUAGCUUUGAAAGGAAUGAUCGGUAUCCAGGCAAUGGCUGUUAUUGCCAAUGAGACUGGUCACACUGCCGACUUCGCCAACUACUCCAGUAUUGCUGAGGAGUACAUCACCAAAUGGCAGGAACUGGCCAUUGAUGAUAGCACCGACGUACCCCACACAACCCUGUCAUAUGGCAAUUCCAGCAGCCACGGCCUUCUUUACAAUCUCUUUGCGGAUGCGCAGCUGGGUCUCAACCUGGUGCCUCAGUCUGUCUACCAGAUGCAGAGUGACUUCUAUUCUACUGUCGUGAAUACCUAUGGGGUUCCUCUCGACACACGCCACACAUAUACUAAGGGCGACUGGGAGUGCUUUGCUGCAGCCGUCGCGUCCACCGACACGCGGGACAUGUUCAUCGAUCACCUGGCCACAUGGGUCAACAACACCCCAACAAACCGGCCCCUGACUGAUUUGUAUGACACUGUUACUGGAAACUAUCCGUCGACCACCUUCGUCGCUCGGCCCGUUGUGGGUGGUUACUUCGCACCCCUGCUUGUGACCGAGUAG